UGGGGUAGGACAGGGAGUAUACUGAGGUGUAUAAAAUGCGCAGGCAGUGAGCAAUUCUGUAUUCGACUGCCAGACUCACUUCAAGAUGAAGGUGUUCGGAGCGCUGCUGACCCUGCUGCUGCUGCAGUAUAAUUUCAACAGUGGAGCGACUUAUCCUAGGCCUACAUACAUGGUGGCAGUCACUUCCCAGGCAGUGGGCGCUACUACAGAGACUCUCUGUGCACAUCUCAUUGAGCCCAAUACAACCCUUUCUUUACUGGUAACCUUGAGCACUGAUAGUGGAGAUUUGACCAUCCUUAAAGAGAAUUCCAUUAGAAAGGCUUACUUCAAAUGUGUGAAAUUCAUGGUUCCCGUAGUCCUUACGGACACUGUGGCAACAGUCUUUGUUAAAAUCGAGGGACCUAAGACGUCCUUCACCAAAAAAACUCAGAUUCUCAUAAAACCUUCACAGAAGCUCAUUCUCAUUCAAACAGACAAGCCAAUCUACAAGCCAGGGGAAACCGUGAAAUUUCGCAUCGUAUCUUUGGAUCCCGCUUUCUUGACUUACAAUCAGAAGUUUCGCACAAUAGAGCUCCAGGAUCCGAACUUUAAUCGCAUUAAUCAGUGGUUGAAUCAGACAACCAGGAGUGGCAUCUUAGACCUGUUCCACUCCACAUCAGCGAAUGCCAUGCAGGGUACCUACACCAUCAAUGCUUGGGAUGAGAAGAACCAACAAACAUCACAAUCCUUUGAUUUGGAUAAAUAUGUUCUGCCGAAAUUUGAAGUCACCACAAAUUUUCCAGAUCUUGUUACCUUCGUGGACACGGAGUUUACGCUGCAAGUUUGCGCCAAAUACACAUAUGGGAAGCCUGUGCAGGGGUCUGUGACUCUUGAAGUGUGUGGUAGAUCAUAUUAUUACUGGUUUCGUGGACCUUUGCCUGAAACGCCCGGGACAUGCAAGAACUACACUUUAACGACUGACAGGACUGGUUGUGCGUCUCAAGUAGUAAAUGUGAGUGAUAUAGGCAUGAGUCAAGGAGGAGAAUUUGUAGUGAAUUAUAAAGUUGAGGAGGAUGGAACAGGGAUAACUGUGGAGAACACUGCUUCAAUUUCAUUUACCAGUGACGUUAUCAGGGUGUCCUUUGUUGAUUCACCACAGAUAUACAGGCCUGGAAUUGCCUAUGAGGGAAAGGUUUUGGUCUCUGAUAUACAUUCUCAACCGAUGAAAGAUCAAAAAGUCUAUCUUAUUCUGCAAUAUGGUGAAACUAUAGUGAAUGUGACACUUAUAACAGACAGAGAUGGUUUAGCCCCAUUCUCCUUCCAAACUACAGGCUGGAAUAAUACACCAGUCUCUAUACAGGCUCGGCAUGAGGAUGAUCAAGACCAGUACUGGCCUGCACCAAAAUACUAUAACAAAGGCUAUCUCUGGUUAAGUCCCUAUUACUCCAAAAGCAAAAGUUUUCUGAUACUGAAUACGUCUCCGCAAAUGUUGAGCUGCACAAGGGAUGCAAAUGUGGAGGCCAAUUACACCAUACAGGGCAGUACACUUAAAAGGGGUCAAAGAGCUCUGGAUUUCUUUUACAUGGUCUACUCCAAAGGCAGCCUGGUUCAAAACGGCCGUAUCUCUCUCAAAGUGGAAUAUGGAAAAGAAAACAAAGGUAAACUGGCAUUCACAAUAAAAAAGACAAAAGCCCUUUCACCAUUCGCCCAGGUGCUGGUGUACGCAAUUCUUACCAAUGGAGAAACGGUAGCAGACAGUUAUGACUUCCCCAUUGAUCAGUGCUUGCCAAACAAGGUCUCCUUAAGUUUCUCAUCAUCCACGGCGCUGCCUAAACAGACAACAACUCUUAACCUGAGAGCCCAACCUGGUUCCCUGUGCUCAGUGAGAUCUAUUGAUCAAAGCGUGCUGCUGUUAAAACCAGAGUCUGAGCUUAAUGCAGCCUAUGUUUUUGGAAUGUUACCAGUCCAAUUGAUAACAGAUUACCCAUAUCAAGUAUACGAGUAUGAUGUAUACAACUGUAUAAGUAAUGAGACGCCUGACAUUCAGCCCGUGGAGCCCAUUCUCCUUGAUAUUCCCCGAGAGAAGGAAAGACGCUCAAUCGGUUUUAAACCAAAUUAUUACCAAUUUAAAAAUGAUGCCUACAGUGCCUUUAAAGGAAUUGGAGUUAAAAUUCUUACCAACUCUGAUGUAAAAGAGCCCAUUUAUUGUUAUUAUGAGAGACAGCCGUUGUUGAAUGCUGUGGAUGCAGUUCCAGGUGCAGUUGCAGAUGCUGAAGGUUUCGCAGCAAUUGCAAAGGAGGCUCCAGGUAGUGGCAGUCCUGUACAGAAUACAGUCCGCAAAGACUUUCCAGAAACAUGGAUAUGGGAUCUUGUGCCUGUUGGGAGGACUGGAUCUGUAAAUCUUAAAAAGGCUCUCCCUGACACCAUCACGACAUGGGCAACGGGUGCUUUCUGUACGUCCUCUGUUGGUUUCGGAGUGGCUCCCAGCACCAAUAUCACUGCCUUCCAGCCGUUCUUUGUCAGCCCAACGCUUCCCUACUCUGUCAUUCGUGGAGAAGAGCUCAUCUUCAAAGCUUCAGUGUUUAACUACCUCUCCAAAUGUAUUAUGGUGAAGGUCACACUGACAAAUUCAACGCAGUUCUCAGCUCUUCCUUGUAACGGCUGCAUUUACACUCAAUGUGUUUGUUCAGAAGAGAGCAAAACCUUUCAAUGGACUCUUAAAGCUUCUGUAGUGGGCCGGGUGGAUGUUACGGUGAAAGCUGAGACCAUUCAGACUUCGGAACUUUGUGGUAAUGAGGUGGUGACGGUGCCAGAAGGACAACGUAUUGACACUGUAAUACAGUCAUUACUGGUCGAGGCGGAGGGAAUUAAACAGACAAUCACUCACAGCGAACUCAUCUGUUUAACAGGCAAUCAAAUGAACACAACUGUCCCUCUGAAUCUUCCCGAGGUUGUGGUCAAGGACUCUGCCAAAAGCUUUGUAACUGUACUGGGUGAUCUGAUGGGCAGUGCUUUGAAAAACAUUGCUGAUCUGUUGGCCAUGCCAUAUGGCUGCGGAGAGCAGAACAUGAUUAACUUUGCCCCCAAUGUUUACAUCCUUCAGUAUUUGGAGAGCACCAACCAGCUCACUCCUGAGAUACUGGCACGAGCCAAAACUUAUCUGAGUACUGGCUACCAGACAGAGCUGACAUACAAGCAUUAUGAUGGAUCUUACAGCGCUUUCGGAAACAAUGAUCCUUCUGGGCACACCUGGCUAACUGCAUACGUGAUGAAGAUUUUCGGGGGGUCAAAGAAGUAUGUGUUCAUAGAUCAGGCAAACAUCGAUCAGGCAAAGAAUUGGUUGGGUCAGCAGCAGCAGGAGAGCGGGUGCUAUAACACAGUAGGGGUUCUCUACCACAAUGAUUUGAAGGGUGGUGUCAGUGAUAAUGCCACUCUCACCGCAUACAUCGUUGCAGCUCUGCUAGAAUUAGGCGUUAAUAAAUCUGAUCCCAUGGUGGCGAAUGGACUUGAAUGUCUGAAGGAUGCUUCCAGCAAUCUUAACAACACUUACUUCAACGCUCUGGCCGCUUACACAUUCACUCUUGCUGGAGACCAAGUGAUGAGACAGACACUCCUUACCAACUUGGACGCUCAAGCCAAGAGAGAAGGAGCUGGACGGUAUUGGACUCAGUCAGUUAGUGGAGAAAUAACAGGUUCUUUAGAUGUAGAGACGACUUCCUACGUGUUGCUGGCAUUGGCCUCUGGACCCAUAAUUGGACCAACCUUUGACCUGAACUACGCUGCUACCAUAGUGCAAUGGCUGGCCAAGAAGCAAAACGCUUUUGGAGGUUACUCAUCUACUCAGGACACUGUGGUGGCACUCCAGGCACUUGCCAGCUACAGCACUCUCACCUUCAGUCCAUUGGGAACAAUUGUUGUCAAUGUGACCUCUCCAACAAGACAGAAAUACAACUUCAAUGUAAACCAGCAAAACCGACUGGUUUAUCAGGAGAAACAGCUGCAGCCACCUAAUGGUACAUUCACGCUUGCUGCAAAAGGCAGUGGUUGCGCGUUUGUGCAGUUUGCUUUGCACUACAACGUUCCCCCUCCUACAGACUCUGCGUCCUUCAGCAUCACAGCAAACGCUACAGCCGUUUGCAACUCGAGCCCUCUUUUAGCCCUUACGUUGGAUUUCACUGUCAGGUAUAACGGUCCACGAGAGGGGACCAACAUGGUGAACAUUAUUGUGAAGCUGCUGUCUGGAUAUGUGCUGGAUUCCAUGUCUCUACAAGAUCUUCAGCAGGACCCCACAAUCAAACGUGUGGAGCAGAAUGAGGGACGUGUCAUCAUCUAUUUGGAUGGGAUAAAAAAGUCGGAGGAAAAAUUCUUUCACCUGAAGCUUCAGCAGGAUGUCAUCGUGAAUAACCUGAAACCGGCUGUGGUGACUGUCUUCGAUUACUACAAGACCAGUGAAGGAUCUAUGACUACAUACACCUCUCCAUGUAAAUAGACAAGACUUGAAAGUGACAUCGCUGGAUAUCGAGAGGUGUGAUUCAGCAGUGUGACCGUUCGUUUCAUCAGACAUGCAAUCACAAACAUGGAUUUAACACUGACACGUUAUUCGUUAUUUUAUGACUUUCUUUACGCAAACAAUAUAAUAUAUUGAUGAGAAACAUGAUACUCUGUAAUGUAGACAAUGAAAGCCAGGAUUGUAAUUUCCAGUUGAUCAUUUAAAAUGAUGAAAGUAGUUCAUUUGCUAUUAAAUCAUUAAAUAGUUUCUGCAUCUAAACACAUGUCUUGUUAUUUCUGCCUUUAUUAUAAUAAUGCAUACAAUUGCUUGGACUUAAGCUUUGCCUUGAAGUGGUACAUUUGCUUCAUAUGCAAUAAAUUAUAAAUCAAAAGGACAAUUUUUA